CGUACGUAUUCUACGUACACUAGUGGAGGAGCAGGAGGGAACAUACAGUCGCAGAAAUAUUGCAAAAAAAUUAUUUCUCUCUGUGUUAAUGCAACAUAUCCCGUCUGUAUUCUGUCGGGGAGGACACACUGGCAGUCACAAGUGAUUAUUUCCAGCGUCCACUGCGGACAUGCAUUAUUAUACAUAGCAGAUGAAAGUAGAAAUGCCUGAAAACAAUGUCUCACAAAGAAGAUAAUGAAGGGAAAAAGAGCUCUCACCGCACUCAACUGUAUGCCAGUGUCCCACGAUCAUGUAUGCCCAUUGUGUACCACCCAGACUACAACAUUACCUUUAUGGGCCUUGAAAAGCUCCACCCGUUCGAUGCGGGAAAGUGGGGGAAAGUCAUCCGCUUCUUAAAAGAGGAGGGGUUGAUCUCUGAUGGGAAUAUCGUGGAGGCCCAUGAAGCUACGGAAGAGGAUCUGCUGGUGGUUCACACCAAACGCUACCUCAACAGAUUAAAGUGGUCUCUGGUGGUGGCGAGCAUUACAGAAAUCCCACCUCUCCUGUUUCUGCCCAACUUCCUGGUGCAGCGGAAGGUUCUGAGGCCUCUGAGGACGCAGACAGGAGGGACUAUAAUGGCAGGAAAACUGGCCGUUGAGCGUGGAUGGGCAAUAAAUGUAGGGGGAGGCUUCCACCACUGCUCCAGUGACAGGGGAGGGGGCUUCUGUGCCUACGCUGACAUCACUCUAGCCAUCAAGUUUCUGUUUGAGAGAGUGCAAGGCAUCUCCAGGGCUACCAUCAUCGAUCUGGAUGCUCAUCAGGGAAAUGGACACGAGCGCGAUUUCCUGGAUGACAAGCGAGUUUUCAUCAUGGAUGUCUAUAAUCGUUACAUCUAUCCGGGAGAUGGAUUUGCCAAAAGAGCAAUUAAGAGGAAAGUGGAACUGGACUGGGGCACCGAGGACUCGGAGUACCUUCAGAAAGUCGAGCUGCACUCUGAGGGAGCGCUGAACGAGGUCAGACCUGACAUCAUUGUCUACAACGCCGGGACAGACAUUCUGGAUGGAGACCCCCUCGGAGGACUCUCCAUAUCACCACAGGGUAUUGUAAAGAGAGAUGAAAUCGUGUUCAGGGCUGCGAAGCGACGGGGCAUCCCCAUCCUCAUGGUGACGUCCGGGGGAUACCAGAAAAAAACGGCCCGCAUUAUCGCCGACUCCAUCCUGAACCUGCAUCGGCAAGGCCUGAUUGGAGCAGAGGUGCUGGAGGGGGAGGGAUCAUCAUCGCUGGUGACAAGCAUGAUGUGCACCUCUGUGUCUGUUGGAUCAAAACUAACUGCCGUCUGAAUAGCAUUAAUCCUCGGUUUAGCUCUCAAGGGUGUGGCCUCUGCAGCUGUGGCACUUAAAGGUUCCGGAGUAACUUAUUGUGCAAUUACGGAAGUGAGUUAUGCAUUAGCGCAUGAAUUCACAGCAGUGAUGAUUUCGUUAAAUUAUUGCUGUCAAACAGAAAUGUGUUUUGAUGCGAAAUUUAUGAUGGGGGGCGGGGGGUUUAACGCAAUGCCUGUUUGCACACAGAGAGCAAAAACAUGAGCUUUGGCGGAUUUUUACAUUUUGUAUGAGAGUUGGCAGUUACUCAAAGGGAAUAACGAUUGAAAAGUUCAAAAGUUGUGCUGAAACUAUAGUGUUCUCCUGACUGCUACCAAUUUCAUAAGCUCUCAUACCACCGCGAAAAAAAAAAAAGGAUUUCUUUAAAUUUUCAUCCUUGUGAGAGUAGUAGACAUGAUGUUUAAUGUAAGUUAGGGGCAACAUUUUAGAGAGGUAUUCUUUCAUCUCAGGAAAUGUAAUAACGUAAUGUCUGACAGAUAUUAUACAUUAAUAGUCCUUGAAAUGGAACCGGGGUUCGAUAUAGUCACAUGGGAGGUACACUGAUUAUCCUCCAUUCCAGUUUAUGGUUAUGAAGGUGGAAGAAAAGAUAAUUACACACGAACAUUUUAACUACAAAACAUAAUUCUAAUUGUGAUGUUUAACCCUCUUGCAGAUGAUAAUGUCCUCCUCGAUCCUCAUUAGCAUUCUGUUUAAUCAGGUACUGUAUUAGAUUAGUGUUUUACUCCAUAUCUCUUUACAAGAUAAUAUUCUAAUCAUUAUAGAGCUCAUGGUGCUUCAUUAAUCAAGUUCAGCCAUUGAGGGUGUUACAUACGUACACCUUCUUCUUCAAAUCUACUCAGAUUUUUUUAAGUUAAGGGUUUACAGGGUCCCAGACAUGAUUUUUACAGGUACUGAAGUAUUAAGAAUCUAAGUUUGAGAAGACAUUUGAAGCACUUCACAAUGCUGUUUGAAGCCGAGCACUGUAACCAGUUUGUGGCAAAGCUGAAAGUAAGCUGUUAAACAUUCCCAGUCUCUCCCCUGAAAACUGAUGAAUCCACUGCAACAAAAACUCCGUCCGCAAGUCUGAACGUUGUCAAGUGAUUAAUGCGCCGGCCUGCACCGUGGAGAUAGACGAAAUAACAUCAAUAACAAUGCACUCUGGAAAAAGGUUUUUAUGAAGCUUAAUUUAUGAUUGGUUUGUUGAAGUCAGGCGUGCCUCCCCUGAGGAUGAUGCACAUACCGCAGGUCUCAGGAGGCGUGUGCAAAGACAGAAAAGGGGACCCUGAGGAAAAGAUCAGCUCGAUUAAUGCAGCAGCUGGAACAAUAUUACGGUGUGAACUAUCUUUGUUGAGUUCUGUCUCCCUGAGUGUCUAUGUAUUUUUCUUAACUAAAUUAUUUUAGUUAUAAUUUCUAGAUAAAACUUUAAAGAUGCACUUCCUCUUCCGUCCUUAUUUAAACCUGCACUACACUUUUUGCAUGUUGGUGGCUCCGGCGGGGUGCAAGUUUACAGAUGUCCUGAUCUCUUUACACAGUACUGAUUUCUCCUGACAUCAGUAAACUGCACACAGCGCACACAUGUUUACCAGUUUGUGAUGCUUUGUAUCAAAGAAUACUGACAGGAUGGGAGUGGUAAAAUGUCUAAUGUUGGCGAGUCCGGCGUUCUGUGGACGGAGCGCCCGCUCACUGCUGUCGGAUGUCGCUCUGAAGAUUCAAUUUGUCCCCUUCCUGUGUGGCGAAAACUGUGCACACCUGACACCAGAAUUUGGUUUAUUUACUCUUUCCCAUCCCCACUAACUGAGAUAAACUCUUUUCUAAAGCAGCCAUGCUUUGUGAGCUUUGAGAUGGGUGUGUAUUGAUAUUAAAGGAACAUUCCAGCCUAAAUUCUCCCAAAAAAAAAAAAAAAAAAAAAAAAAAAAUCGCACUUAUCUUCAGUGCAGUCUAUCCAUUUAGAUAGCUAAUGUGUGAUUUGGUGAGAUUUCCAGUCUGCUGCAUUCUCCCCUGUCUCCCCUCACCCGAAACACACUGGAGCUGGAUAGAUGUUUGUUUCUUGGGCUCAAACCAUCAUAAAUUUACAGGUGAAAAAAGUCAUCAAUAAACAACUCUUUCCAAAAGCAAGAGUUUGUUGGAAACUAUCAAACUAUCAAAACUGUCAAGAACACCAGCAAACUGGAUCUAUCAGCCUCUAAUUUGCUCAGUGGGGAUGGAUAGAUAUUAGGGUCCCGAGAGACAGAGAACAUCACAGCAGACUGGAAACCUUGCCAUAUCACAGAUCCGGAUGGAUAGAUUGUACUAGGGGUGAGUGGUAAAAUACUGUUUUUUUUUUUUUGUUUGUUUGUUUUUUUUUUUUUUUGCUUUUUGGAUUUUGGGUGAACUGUUCCUUGCCUAGUGCAGCUUUAACCAGGAACGUUGACCAAGACCAAAUUCUUAUUUACGGCAACAGCAUGGGACAGGACAGAAGUACGAGAGAGGUGGAAGUUGCACAAAUUUCCACACCAGGGAAUUGCCUUGUCUUGUUGGCUACUGAGAAAUCCCAGUUGUGGGUUUCAUGCAUAGAGAAUGAUGCCUAGAAAUCACAGCAUCCUGCUCUCACCUCUGGGUGCUGGGUAAUAAGUGUGAGGAGAGCUCAGGAAGGAAAGAAUUAGACAAACAGGACAAAACUGUUUAACAAAUGUUAAGAUUCAGGGCUUGGCGGUGAUGCAUUGUGGCUGUGAAUGUGACUAUGGGAGAGUUUUGAUAAUAGAGUCACACCUUCAGUGGACUUGCCUCUGCCACUGCACUAGCUAUGUUUUGCUGCGCUGCCUCUGAGUGGACUUGAAGUGGCAUUUGGCAGCUACUGCUGUAAUGAUUUUCUAAUGCUUUUUCGCAUUAAUUAUCCUCCACUACUUUGGCUCUACGGUGCAAAAAAAAAAAAAAGAGACGCAGACGUUAGGAGACUCAUGAUCAUUUAAAGCACUAAAAGGUCUGUCUUUGAACAGAAUGAAAAGUAGUCUUCUGUUGCUGAUCCAGGAAGCUGUUUGGACAGAAUCAUAAUGAAACUGUGAAAGGCGGGCCUUAUUAGCAGUGUCAGUGCUAAUUAGCAAAACUCUUUGAUGUGAUGUGCUGCUUUUGAAUGGGCCUGAAAGGUUUAACAUAGUCUACCUUUAAUUAGGACUCAGAAUAUUAUGUAAUGUAUGCAGCCCUGUCCUUAAUACUCGAUGCAAUCCUAGAUUCCAGCUCAUUAACUCCUUUCCAUGUUGUCCAGCAUUUUAUCUAUUUCAGUUGAUUGACUGUUCAUGUGCCAAAAA